CAAUUUGUUCUAAGUCGCCCGGCGUUGUCGCUGCUUUUGUGUUUUAAUUUGUUUGCGAGGAAAGCUGUUCUCACCGCCAAAUCAUAAUCUUCACUUGUUUAUACAUGAAAAAUAAAAUCUGUCUGUAGCAGAUAAGGUCAAGAUCAGAAGAUUUUGGCGUUUAUUGCACUGUAAAGAAAUAUAUUGUGAGAUUUUAUUAGUUCUACCAUGCUUAAAUUCAGUUUAAUUGUUGCCGUUUGUGAAAAUUUUGGCAUUGGACUCAAGGGUGAUUUGCCAUGGCGCCUAAAGUCCGAAUUGAAAUAUUUUAGCAGCACUACAAAGCGUGUUCGUGACCCAACCAAACGAAAUGUCGUGAUAAUGGGUAGAAAAACCUAUUUUGGUGUCCCCGAAUCUAAACGACCAUUGGCGGAACGUUUAAAUAUUGUCUUAAGUACAACUUUAAAACCCUCCGAUUUGCCAUCUGAUGUGCUACUAUAUCCCAACUUGGAGUCGGCAAUGAAUUUCCUUGAGACAGAUGAGAAUGUAACCAAACAAAUUGAGACCGUGUGGAUUGUCGGUGGUAGUGGUGUUUAUGCUGAAGCUAUGGCAUCAACUCGUUGCCAUCGCUUGUAUUUGACAAAGAUUCAUGCAACAUUCGAGUGUGAUACAUUCUUUCCCAGCAUUCCAGAUGACUUCAAAGAGGUUGAAUUAGACGCAGAAACACCAAAAGGCGUACAAGAAGAAAACAAUAUUAAAUAUGAAUACAAAAUAUUGGAAAAACAAUAAACAUAGGCAAUUCUCUUUUA